GCAACGUCUUGAGGACGCAAGAAGAAACGCCAUAAUGACUUUCCAUUUGUAUCUCGCCGUGACAGCAAGCCCCCUGCUGGAUCCAUUCUUCCAUUUCGGUUCCUGCUGGAUCUAGUGUCUAGUCCUCCUCCCUGUCCAUGGCGUAGUCCUCCUCCCUGUGACCUCCAUCUCGAUCUUUGUGGCCCACCAACCAACAACCUCUUCUCCAUGGCGAAGCGGCAGCAGCUUGCCCCGAGCGGAACAAGCCAACAGGACUGCAGCAGCCGUCUUCCGCCGGAGCUCACGGAGCGCAUCGGCGAGCUGCUCCCGUCUGGCCGCGAGGCGGCCGCCUUCCGCUCCGUCUGCUCCACGUGGCGCGCCGCGGUGCCCUUCUCGAGCUUCGCGCCGGUGGUGAUGCUCCCAUUCGAUCCGCAGUCGUCCGACGGCGCCGUCCAAUUUUACAGGGUGACAGAUGGGGAGGUUUUCACCAAGAAACUGCCCGCUGUGCGUGGCAAGGCGCUCUGCGGCUCGUCGCACGGCUGGUUGGUGCUGGUGGACAAGGUCGCAGCCAUGACGCUGCUCAACCCCUUCACGGGCGCCACCGCUGAACUACCGCCGCCGGGCGAGCAGAUCAAGCUAGGCGCCGUCGUGCUGUCCUCGCCGCCCGGCACCGUUGGCUGCGUGGCCGUGGCGGCGAUCGAGCGGUCGGUUAUGGUCGCCUUCUGCCGCGUCGGGGUCGACCACGCGUGGUCACUUCUCGACACCAACCUAAAGUGCUGUGUCCACAGCAUCGUCCACUGCCGCGGCCGGUUCGUGGCCAUCGGCUGCGACGGGGAGAUCUCCAUCUUGGACGUCGCCAGCGCCGCAGUUCCCAACGCGACGCCGGUGCCAUACUUCUGUUUCCCGGAUCCUCUCAUCAUUCGCAGCUACCUGCAGGUGAACGGCGAGCUGCACGUCAUCGGCAACGUCGUGCGAACGUCCCUCAGGGAGCGGACCAUCACCUACCGCACCCGCGUCUACAAGUGCGACGUCUUCGCCGCCGGGACGCCCGUGUGGUCCAGGGUUACGAGCAACACCGAUCUCACAAUUUUCAUGUCCAACAACUUCAUGUCCAGCUUCGGUGGAGCAAGCGUCCCAGGCCUGGACUCCAAUUCCCUCUGCUUCUCUGAGCAUCUCUAUGGCCGUCCGCACCAUCAGCUCGAGAUCAUUAAAAUUUCCAAUGGCAGGUCACAGCUACUAGCUUAUCAUCCAAGGAUUAAGGGCUCCGAGCCUCUCUGCUGGAUUAAACCCAAUCUGUGGCCAAAAGGGGCAAAUGCUAAUGCUUGAAACGGUGAAACAUUGCUGGAAUUUCCUUCCAAGCCUGAUGUGUGAUGCAAUGAGAGUCACAGGCUAAAUAUUAUUGUUGAUUUGCAAAUUAUCAUUCGGGCAGACAUACUUAUUCUUUUUCAGGACCAACAUAUCUUCAUUUUAAUUU